CCCGGUAGGAACCUAGGAGCUACACCGCUAUAUCUGGGGCUGCGAGUUGUGCUGUUGGGACUGUUGGGCGGAAUGCUGUGAGAACCCCUGGAUCAGAGAUUGAGUCUCUCCCAGCAUGCCGUGCACCUGCGGGAACUGGAGAAGGUGGAUCCGACCCCUGGUGGUCUUACUCUAUAUUGUGGGGCUAAUUGUAGGCGUUCCAAUAUGCAUCUGGAAGCUGCAGAAGAUGGAGGUUGGUGUGCACACCAAGGCGUGGUUUAUUGCUGGGAUAUUUGUUCUCAUGACCAUACCAAUAUCUCUGUGGGGUAUCUUGCAGCAUUUGGUUCAUUAUACACAGCCAGAGUUGCAGAAGCCUAUAAUAAGGAUCCUGUGGAUGGUGCCAAUUUACAGUGUAGACAGUUGGAUCGCAUUGAAAUAUCCUGACAUUGCUAUUUAUGUUGACACAUGCCGAGAAUGCUAUGAAGCUUAUGUCAUCUACAACUUCAUGAUUUUCCUUUUAAACUAUCUAACUAAUCGUUGCCCAAAUCUGGCACUAGUUCUUGAAGCCAAAGACCAACAAAGACAUCUUCCUCCUCUAUGCUGCUGUCCACCUUGGGCAAUGGGAGAUGUUCUGUUGUUCAGAUGCAAGCUGGGAGUACUUCAGUAUACCGUAGUUCGACCUGUCACAACUGUAAUUGCCUUGAUUUGUCAGCUGACUGGAGUAUACGGUGAAGGUGACUUCAGUGUAAAAAAUGCCUGGACAUACUUGGUUAUAAUAAACAACGUCUCACAAGUGUUUGCUAUGUAUUGCCUUGUUCUGUUUUAUAAAGUACUCAAAGAAGAGCUCAACCCCAUUCAGCCAGUUGGCAAGUUUCUAUGUGUGAAGAUGGUCGUCUUUGUCUCAUUUUGGCAAGCUGUAUUCAUAGCCAUCUUGGUAAAGGCGGGUGUAAUUUCCAAUACAUGGGAAUGGAAAAAAGUUCAAGAUGUGGCUACUGGACUACAGGACUUCAUUAUUUGUGUUGAAAUGUUCCUGGCUGCUGUGGCGCACCAUUUUAGCUUCACAUAUAAGCCAUAUGUUCAGGAGGCUGAGGAGGGCUCGUGUUUUGAUUCAUUUCUUGCCAUGUGGGAUAUAUCAGACAUUCGAGCUGAUAUAUCAGAGCAAGUACGAAAUGUUGGAAGGACUGUACUGGGGAGACCCAGGAAGAUGUUUUUUAAUGACGACCUGGAACAAAAUGAGCAUACCAGCUUGUUGUCUUCGUCUACUCAGGAUCCCAUAUCUGCAGCUUCCUCUAUACCACCAUCUCCAUCAGGGCACUACCAAGGGUUUGGUCAGACAAUAACCCCCCAAACUACACCCACUGCUACAACUAUGCCUGAGGAACUUUACAGCGCUGACUCCCCUGAAGCAGAUUUAGUAGCGGACCACAGUAAGGUGCCAGAUGAAAGUUGCAACCAUUUGGAUUCCUAGCCUUUUUGCAGUGCCUAAACAACAUGUUCUGUGUUGUGUACUUUUAUAUAAUGAAUGGCCUACUGUAAGUGACAGCUCUGUUUCCCUGCACAUAAGGAAUUGCCAAAUGUUGUUUGUGGUUACCCAUGGGGACAGUGUUUCUGUCUGACACUGUUUACAUAAUACCAAAAGAUGGAAAGUAAUUCUAGGAAAGUUGUUACUUUUUAUUGCCCUAAGGUUUGUAUUACACAAGAUGAUGAGCUUAAGGAGGAACAAUGAUUCUUUCAUUCUUGAAAGUUUUUUUUUUUUACUGCACACGUGCAAAUAUAUCAUAUGAGUUCUGGAGUAGCUAGGGCAGACAUGAAAAGAAUGUACCUGGAUAGAUCCAGGCUGCCAGGUAAUGGUCAGUCUUCUAGGGCCCGAUAUAAUGUUCUCAAAAGAUAUACCAAUAUAAAACUAGUGGGGGUCAUAUCUACAAUAAAUGUGCUCUACCUGUAGGAGGGCACGGCCCUUUAUAAAUCCAACCAUCUUUACUGAGGUCUUGUUUUCUCAAAACUUCACUUCACACUACAGACCUUGGUACAUUUGGGAGCAAAGGACAGAUCUAGUCACCUCAUUGUGAAAUUACUUCACAAUAUCGAGUGUUGGAAAGAACAGGAAUCAAAAUAAUCUAAUAACAUAGAGCUAAAUCUAAAGUUACCGGAUAACAAUGCAUUAAUCUGCAAGGAAUGCCAUUUGUGUAGGCAGCAUUCCCAUAUAGGCACAAAAUCUCAAGUAACUGCACAAGAUUUUGUGUUCCUGAUCACUAGAUGAGGUCAAUAACAGUAACUUUAGGUCACAAGAAUGGAUUCAUAAAAAGUUGAACGCAUUGAAUUUACAGAAAACAUGUAUGGUGUUAUAGCUGAAACUACAAUCUAUGAAUACUUGGGCACUGAAAACUCUCAUGUUGGAGGCUGAAACACCAUGAUGAUGUGAGCAGCACAGGCUGAGCUCGGCAUGGGAUGGCAGCUAGGCACUAGAUGGCAGUAUUCUCUUCCUGUCUCAAGAGUAACCUUGUAAUGCUGCUCAGUUCUGUAAGUGACCUGAGAAUGUACUGGUCAGCACCAUAUAACCAAAUAGACCUAAAUAAACAUGUUAAACUAUAAA